AUGGAAGCAGUACAAGAGGCCACGGCGGAGGUCGUAGAGGUUCUUGGGCUAGGUCAUCGCUGGGGACGACUCACUGUCCCAAGCUAUGUUACAGUUUCUAAAGAGGGUCAUUGUCCCAAUAUUGGUACUGUGGGCCGUGGGUCGAUGACGGAACGACUCAGGUCUAAUGGGGCUGAGAUUUUUAGGGGAAUUACUGGAGUUACCCCUAAUGUGGCUGAAUAUCGAAUUGAGUCCACAGAGCGGAUAAUGGAUGACCUCAACUGCACCUCAGAGCAGAAAUUAAAAGGUGCAGUGUGGUUGUUUCGAGAUGAAGCCUAUCAGUGGUGGCUUACAAUUAAAGAGGGCAUUCAGCCUAAUCGAGAGUUUCUGAAUUUGACCCAAGGGGAUAAGCCAGUAGUAGAAUAUGAGUCUGAGUUUCUACGACUUAGCCGUUAUGCGCGUGGGAUGGUGGCAACAGAAUAUGAGCGCUGUGUUCACUUUGAGGACAAUUUCAAAGAUGAUCUACGAGUUUUGAUUGCUCCAAAAAGGGAGCGAGAUUUUGCUUUAUUGGUGGAAAAGGCAAAAAUCGUCAAGGAUGUGAAGCACGCUGAAUGCCAGAAUCGUAAGACAGAUAGAGCUAGGAGUAAGAAGCCUUGUGCUAUUUGUGGGAGACGGCAUCAGGGCGAGUGUUGGAAACAGAUAGGGGUAUGUCUAAGGUGUGGAUCUUUGGAGCAUUGCAUCAGAGAUUGUCCACGGAGGCCUGAUCAGAUGCAAGCUACUGGUAUGGGUACUGUUCAGCCACCGAGAGGGUUUUAG